CUCUUCCGGUUACUGACGUGUGUGUGCGGCGGCUCCGAUCGGUGACGUGUCUCGGGAGAUUCUUCAGCGCGCAGAGCGGAGGCUGAGAGUCAGUGUAAGGAGAGAGCGCGGCGAAACCGGACCGCUCCCCCAGCCCCACACACAGGAACAGCCAUGGGCAUCAAAUUUCUUGAAGUAAUCAAACCCUUCUGCGCAAUAUUGCCAGAAAUCCAAAAACCAGAACGAAAGAUCCAAUUUAAAGAAAAAGUACUAUGGACAGCAAUCACUCUCUUUAUCUUCUUAGUAUGUUGUCAGAUCCCCCUCUUUGGUAUAAUGUCUUCAGACUCUGCGGAUCCCUUUUACUGGAUGAGAGUAAUCUUGGCGUCCAACAGAGGUACUUUGAUGGAGCUCGGUAUCUCUCCUAUCGUCACAUCCGGUCUCAUUAUGCAGCUUCUGGCUGGAGCUAAAAUUAUCGAAGUCGGAGACACUCCUAAAGACAGGGCGCUGUUCAACGGAGCCCAGAAACUGUUUGGUAUGAUUAUCACCAUCGGCCAGGCCAUUGUGUACGUCAUGACUGGGAUGUACGGUGAUCCAUCUGAGAUGGGCGCUGGUAUCUGUCUGCUCAUCACUAUCCAGCUUUUCGUUGCCGGGCUUAUAGUGUUGCUUCUGGAUGAGCUGCUGCAGAAGGGUUAUGGUCUGGGCUCUGGAAUCUCCCUCUUCAUUGCUACUAACAUCUGUGAGACCAUUGUUUGGAAGGCCUUCAGUCCAACCACCGUGAACACUGGCAGAGGUACUGAAUUCGAGGGGGCAAUCAUUGCUCUAUUCCACCUACUCGCCACUCGUACAGAUAAAGUGCGCGCUCUCCGCGAGGCCUUCUACCGCCAGAACCUGCCCAACCUCAUGAACCUCAUCGCUACUAUCUUUGUCUUUGCGGUAGUGAUAUAUUUCCAGGGCUUCCGAGUUGAUCUCCCAAUCAAGUCUGCACGCUACCGUGGCCAGUACAACACGUACCCCAUUAAACUCUUCUACACUUCCAACAUCCCCAUCAUCCUGCAGUCUGCACUGGUCUCCAAUCUGUAUGUGAUAUCCCAGAUGCUGUCUGCCCGUUUCAGCGGCAAUCUUCUUGUCAACCUCCUGGGUACAUGGUCGGACACUUCCACCGGGGGUCCUGCCCGUGCCUACCCUGUUGGUGGGCUUUGCUAUUACCUGUCUCCGCCGGAGUCGUUCGGUUCGGUACUGGAUGAUCCGGUUCAUGCUGCUGUUUAUAUCGUCUUUAUGCUGGGCUCCUGUGCCUUCUUCUCUAAGACCUGGAUUGAAGUAUCUGGAUCUUCUGCAAAGGAUGUGGCUAAGCAGCUGAAGGAGCAGCAGAUGGUGAUGAGAGGACACAGAGAGACCUCUAUGGUGCACGAGCUCAACAGGUACAUCCCAACGGCUGCUGCUUUUGGUGGGCUUUGUAUCGGAGCCCUCUCCGUCCUUGCGGACUUCCUUGGAGCGAUCGGUUCGGGAACUGGAAUCUUGCUGGCUGUCACAAUUAUCUACCAAUACUUUGAGAUCUUCGUCAAAGAGCAGAGUGAAGUAGGAAGCAUGGGAGCGCUGCUCUUCUAAAAAUAUUUCCAGAACCUGCCCCCCGUUCACAAGGAUGUGCUGAUCUAUUGCUCGCCGUGGAAAGCAAUUUCUAAACCUGAGUUCCUUGGACUUCAGAGAGGGUCGGACUCAUGAAGUUGGUAUCCAUUCGCCAACCAUGUCCACAAACAUCCGUUUCUUUUUUGUGCUUAGACAUAUUCUUCCCAUUUUAUAAAAUCUUGGACAAUGUACAAAAGGUUUUUUUUUUUUCUUUUGUUGAACAUUUUAGUCUCAAUAUUAAUGAGUUCAUAUAUCUAUCUAAGACUCCAAGCAGGCUUCUUAGCUCACCCAUUUGGUAAAAUGUCUCUGCCGCGUUGGAGCAGAGAAAUGGUUAUUUUUAUUUUAAUUUUUUUUUUCUUUUUCAAUAAAACCUUUUGAAAACUAA